AUGGUGGCUCAAAAAACUUCAUCCCGGAUCCGCGACUGGGGUCAUAGCCCUGGGCGCCUCCCCACAGGUCCUCGAGGACUUGCGCACAGCCGAUUGCAUUCACGAAUACCGUCAGCGUGGGCAAAGUCUACGACACCCUCUGGCGGUCUCCGGGAAGACGGCAUCGCGGACCUGCUCGACCAGGUGCAGUACUUGGGAUUUCCUACCGUCGGUGAGACCUUCGACGGCCUGCUCAACAACAUAUUCAAAAGUGCCGUUGAGGAAGAACACGUCCUAGCGGCUAUCAAGAGUGCCGAAAUCCAGGAGGCUGUUCUCGAAGGGAAUCACGGCGGCGGGACUGCCAUGCGGAGCCAUGGCUUCAAGGCCGGCACGGGAACCAGCUCGCGCGUCUUGAAAGGCGACGGGGACAUUGAGUACACUGUUGGCGUCAUUGUGCAGAAUAACUGCCAGAAAGAUGGCCAUGUCGGCGCCGAGGGUUACCGAGAGUGGCAAGGCUGCCGAGGGAACACGAAUGUGCCCCUUCUCCCACACCAGCUUAGACGCAUAGCCCAGCGCGCCGGCAUGGGCCUCUCGCAGGUUUCCGGCCACGGUGUCGGGCGGAACUUUAGCGGCGAGUUCUUCAUGGCCCUUUCCACCGCAAAUACCCCGGAAUCGCCGUCGUCAUGGGACUGGGUGAGUGGCAGUUUGCCGCCGUUGUUGGAGACGGAUACUGUGGAGACGAUGAAAUCCAUGCUCAUUGACUCGGUAUUUGUUGCGGCCGCCGAGGCCACCGAGGAGGCGCUUCUGAAUUCCAUGACGGAAGCCGAGACAAUCAAGGGAUUCAACGGAUUCGAGGCCAGGGCACUUCCGAGAAACCAUGUUGAGGAGCUGCUCAAGAAGCAUGGGAGAGGAUACAUGCGGGAUCUGGUAUCUGAGUCAUAUACCAGCCAGAUCGGCUUGUGA